AUGUCACACAGUUGUGAGCAUGAGCACGAACAUGGUCAUGGCCAUGGCGAUCACGGACACGAUCAUAGCCCACCAUUGGCUACGAACGAGGUUCAAUCGCUGUAUAAAUACAUAAAUACGCCGCAAGUUCGAUGUUUAAACGCAGUGGGUUGCGGAUCGAACGACCUCAGUUCAUGCUUUAUAAAGAGCCAAGACGACAAGUAUGAUAUAUCUAAGUAUCUGGAAAGCGAUGCAGACUGCCAAUUGAUUCUCCAUAUUCCGUUCACGGGCGUCUGUCGCCUUUUUUCGUGCAUAUUCAGAUUUGGUAGGAACAGCAGCGGAGGAAUUGGGUCGCCCAAGAACGUCAAAUUGUUCAAGAACUUUACGAAAAACAUCGAUUUCGACAAUUUGUCGGAAGCAAAGCCGCAGCACGAGCUGGAAAAUCCGGAAAACGUGGGGAUCGACGUGGACGGUGCUGCUGGGGCCACGAGUGUGGAAAACGACGCUGGGUUUGUAGAGCACCAUCUGCCGCGCCAGCACUUCCAGAACGUGGAAUCGCUCACGCUGUUCGUGGAGAACAACUGGACCGGGGACGAGGACGAUUUGACACGGUGCUUCUACGUGGAGCUGCGUGGCGAGUUUGCCAAUCACAAGCGCAGCGACGACGAAUUUCCGCUAAUGGCGGUGUACGAGGCUGCUCCGAACCCGCUGGACCACCAAAAGGUCGAAAGCGAGCUGGGAGGCACUACUUUGGGCAUGUAG